AUGGUCCGCGAGGACCUGAUCGAGGGCGCUGUGUCCUUCCUCCAGGACCCCUCCGUCGCCGCUGCACCGCUCGAGCAGCGUAUCGCCUUCCUCAAGUCGAAGAACCUGACUCAAGAUGAGAUAGACGCAUCCCUCGCCAGAGUGGGUCAAGGCUCUGCAUCAUACAACUCACAACCGCCGAAUAUCCAGAACCGACAACCUCCUCCGCAAUACAAUAACUCUCCAAACAACCAAUAUGGCUACCCUCAAAACUGGCAGCAGCCUCCUCCCGAAGCUCCUCGGCGGGACUGGCGAGAUUACUUCAUUGCGGCAACCGUCAUGGGUGGUGUGGGGUACGGCUUGUACUGGACCGCGAAACGAUACAUAUAUCCUCUGAUCGCACCGCCGACGCCGCCACAACUGGAGCAGGACAAGGCAGGCGUAGACGCGAGCUUUGACAAAGCGUUCGCAUUGCUGGACCAACUAGCGACCGAUACGCAAGAGCUCAAGGAUGCGGAAGCACAACGAAAGGAACGACUAGAUGCUGCAUUAGCAGAGGUCGAGGGUGUCGUCACCAGGAUGAAGCAGGCCAACGAAGAUCGCGAACAAGAGGCGAAGAGGAUGGCGAGGGAGAUUGGCGAGAUCAGGGACCAGAUCCCACGAGCGAUCGAGAAGGAGAAGGAGCAGACCGAGCUCAGGCUCAAGGAGCUGAACACGGAGAUGAAGUCGCUGAAGACUCUGGUCAGUAACAGAAUGCAAGGUGGAGGUGCAGCGCCUGGAAGAGCCACACCCAGCUUCAGCAGCCAAAGCCAGGCUUCAUCGCCAAUCACUGGUGCACCCGGUAUCACUGGCCCAGUAAACGGCACGCCUGCACAGUCAGCUGCUGUACCCACUCCACAACCUGCGAGCCAAGCACCAGCUGUUCAGCCGCCCACCAACGGCGAGACUAAUGGCGUCAAUGGCUCCGCAUCGACAAGCGAGCGAGCAAACUCGAUGCCGAAUCGCCAAAGUGCUGGCACUCCGUAUAGUAGAUUGAUCGGUGGAAAGGCUGCGAUCCCGGAGUGGCAGCGGUCUGCGGCGAAGAAGAGUGAGGAGGCGAAGGCGGACAGCGCAUCAAGUGGUGCAGCAACGCCCGUGCAAAAUGUUAAUGAGAGUGGGACAGUGAGCGAGGCUGCUGGCGGGCAAGCUUAG